UAUGGAUAAGGGAUAAGAUUUCACACAUCUUCCAUCCAAUCAAAACUAUGCAAAAUUAGCACCUUGCCCUUCGCAGCCACAACUUUCCCACCAAUUGAUACUCCUUGGCCUAUUCAUUCGGAAAAUCUCUUCGCUCAAUCUAUCUGGGCUUGUAUUAGUACAUAAUUCUAUUUCUAGUUUCUCUUCUGAGUUUUUUUGAUUAACAAAAUCAAUCAAUGGCUGCCACUGCUUCUCCAAUGGCCAGUCAGCUCAAAAGCAGCUUUACAUCAUCUGUUACGAGAGGACUGGUAGUCCCCAGGGGCAUUUCUGGAGCUCCAUUCAGAAUGUCAGCCGGCAAGAUCGGGACUACUCGCUUCACUGUUAAAGCUAUUCAAGCAGACAAGCCAACAUAUCAAGUAAUUCAACCCAUCAAUGGUGAUCCCUUCAUUGGAAGCCUUGAGACUCCAAUUACAUCAAGCCCCUUGAUCGCUUGGUACCUGUCCAACCUCCCAGCCUAUAGAACAGCAGUGAACCCACUUCUCAGGGGUAUCGAGGUUGGUCUGGCUCACGGCUUCCUCUUGGUGGGUCCAUUCGUUAAGACUGGCCCUCUAAGGAACACAGCUGUUGCAGCUCAAGCUGGGUCAUUUGCAGCUGCUGGUCUUGUUGUGAUCCUCAGCAUUUGCGCGACAAUGUAUGGCGUUGCAUCAUUCCAGGAAGGAGAGACCUCAACAGCCCCAAGCCUAACCCUGACCGGUAGGAAGAAGGAGCCUGACCAGUUGCAGACUGCGGACGGAUGGGCUAAGUUCUCUGCGGGAUUCUUCUUUGGUGGAAUCUCUGGUGUCAUUUGGGCUUACUUUCUUCUCUAUGUCCUUGACCUUCCUUACUUCUUUAAGUAGAUGAUAUCUAGAUUUUACUUUGUUCUGUUACUAGUUCUUUGUUACUUAAUGUAAAUCCAUGCAUUUUGGCAAUCAAUAUCAACUAUCAAGUGAUUGUCACUCAAUGUUCUUGUUAAGAUAUGUUAUU